AUGUGGUUGAUUAGAUUAAUAGUUAUCUAAGCAAUAUUAGGAUAGGAGCCAUACGAAUAUUCUUACACAUAUUUGUUUGGAUCGGAUGAAAAUCUUUGUCCUGACUUACAUACAUUUGUACCUGACAUGCAUCCACAUUAGUGUGUUUGUAAUCAUUAUUGUUAUUCAUAGCUUAUGCUUCCAUUUGCCAAGAUGUUACAAAAGUUGAAGUAAGAGUUCAAUCAAAUGGAACUUAAUAUUUAUGCCAUCCAAGAUAUCAACCGUUUAAAAUAGGGACUACAACUAAAGACAAACAUUCAGUUCAUUGUGGAUAUAAAUUAGGCACUUCAUUGGUAAUGGAAUAGCUACAAGAUGGACAUUAUAAAUAUUAUUGUUCUAAUAGUAUUGCUAGUUAAGAUAUUAGUUUAUGAAAGCAAUUAGCUUAAAAAUUGUUUGAUGGUUGCUUACUUGUCAGGUUCCCAAACAUGCCUAUUUUGUAAAUCUCCAUUCAGGGGAUAUAAGUGUGAAUAGGUUGAAACUGGGUAUGAUAGAAGAUUUUCAAAUCCUCCAAGAAGUAAUUUAAAUAUGAUUAUUAAAGAGUGUGAUUCUCGUUGUCUAGAAUGUGAAAAUGAAUAAUACUGUAAUGUUUGUUAAGAUGGAUAUAAAAAGAAAGAUUAAUCCUCCUCUUAAUGUGAUCUUGGUAGUUCAUAAAUUAAAAUUUUUAGAUUGUACUGGAUCUAAAACUUGUUCUUUAGAUUCACAGAACGUGAUUACAAAAAGUCAAGAUUGCAUACCUGGAUAUAUUUGGAAUUAAUAAUUUAUUACAUGCUUAGGUAAUUAUGCUAACAAUAUUAUAUAGGAAGUCAUUUUCCUUGCUAUAAUGUUGUUUCAGAAUCAACGAAUUAUCCCUAUUACAAGUGUAGUUAGUGCGUCUAUGGAUAUACUUUAAUAUUAGAAUAAUGUUUUCAAUUAGAUUGGGAUUGCCAUUCGGGAUAUUCAAUGAAUUUUAUGGUUUUUUCAGAUGGAAUUAGAACUUUUGUAAUUUUUUAUAAUAAUAAUAGAGCAAUUGUUAAUUAUGCAAACCUGGAAGAGUUUAAAAAUAUGGUUAGAGCAAAUGUGAUUGUAAAAUUUAAUAUAUUAAUUUUUUAGAUGUUAGAUAGAGAAAAGAAAAUUGUAUUUUAUUCGAUCCUUAAGGAAUUAAUUGUAUGGCUUGUAUGCCAGGAUAUGCAUUAAAACCAGAUGGUAAUUGUUCAAAGAUAGAGAUUGAUCCAUAAUGUUCCACUUUUUUGGAUACAGAUCCAAGUUAUUGUACUACUUGCGAUAGCAAAGAAAAUAAAAUUGCUGUUAAUGGUAUCUGCAAAUGUUUACCAAAUUCUGGUUUAAACCAAGGAAAUUGCACAUUUUGUACAGAGGGUUAUUGUCAAUAAUGCGAACUGGAAGAUUUUUAUUCGUGUAUUUCAUGUAAAGUAGGAUUAAACAGAAUCCUCAUCAAUUAACGAUGCAUUUGUUUACCUGGUUAUUAUGAUCCUUAAAACGAAGAUUAGAUAUGUCUCCGUAUAAUUAUUAAAUGAUAUUUUAGCUUGUGAUAUUAGUUGUAUAAAUUGUUUUGGUCCAUCGAAUUUAGAAUGUACUGAAUGUUUAGAGGAAAGCAUUUCAAAUAGAAUUAAAGUUGAUGAUUCUUGUCCAUGUAAAGUUGGAUAUGCUGAUUAUGCUAAUAAACAAUCAAAAUGUGGAAGUAUCAAUAAUAAUUAAUUUUAGAAUGUCACCCAAGAUGUCAAAAAUGUUUCUAAGCAGCUGAUGAAACUUCAAAUUAAUAUUGUCUAACAUGCAUAGCAGGAUAGAAUCGAGAAAUUUCAGAAACUUAUAAUUGUGAUUGUUAAGUUAGUUAUGGGGAUCUUGAAGGCACUUUAGAUAUUUGUAUAAGUACUUGAAUCAAUUAUAUUUAGUUUGUCAUUAUACAUGCGGAAGUUGUAAUGGUACUGAAUCCACAAAUUGUAUAUAAUGUGAAUAAAGCACUUUUAGAGAAUUGACUCCUUCAGGAGAAUGCUUAUGUAAAUUAUCAUAUUAUGAUGAUAAUACAGAAAAUAUCGAAUGCUAAAGUAAAAUAUUAGAUUUAUUAAUAGAGUGUCAUUAUUCAUGUUUAACAUGCGCAAACAGCACUUAAAUAGAUGCAUGCGUAUAAUGUCCUUUAACAAGAAAACCUUCUUCAUCAGGUAGUUAAUUUUAAUGCGUUUGUAUUUAUGAUAACAUGUUUGAUGAUGGAUUUUCAUUAGAAUGUCAACAAUGUGAUAAAUAUUGUUUAACAUGUAAUGGUCCUCUUUCAUCAAAUUGCCUAACAUGUGAUACAAAUUAUAGAUAAAUGGACUUAUCUUCUUGUAUAUGUCCAAUUGGAUAUUAUGAUGUUGGAUAAUUAGAAUGUGCAAGUAAUUAUACUUAAAUAAAACAAUAGAAUGCCAUUAUUCUUGUAACUAAUGUUUUGAUAGCACUUUAGAAAGUUGUAUUGUUUGUUCUCUUCAACUGCAUUUUAGAGUAUUAAAAGGCAAUUUCUGCAAAUGCAUUGAGGGAUAUUAUGAAGAGGCUGAAGUUGCUUAGUGUAAAAGUAAAUAUUCUAAAUAUGAAUAAUCUAUUAGAAUGUUCAUAUAAAUGUGAAACUUGUGAAAACCAAGCAAACAUAUGUUUGAGUUGCCCUUAAAAUUCUUUAAGAUAACUAGAUUCUUCCAAAAGAUGUAGUUGUCCAGGAGAGUAUUAUGAAAAAGAAGAUGAAAUUAUGUGUUAAAGUAAUUUUCAUACAUAUCUAAGGAUGCCAUUUCAAAUGUAAAUCUUGCGAUGGAAAGGAUGAGAAUGACUGUCUCUCUUGUGAUUCUCUUGCCUAUAGAGAAAUUAAAGAUAAGUAAUGCAAAUGCUAACCACAUUACUUUGAAAUGGAAGUUUAGGAAUGCGCUGGUAAUAAUCUUACAACUACAAUAUAGCUUGUAGUGCAUUUUGUUAUGAAUGUAUUAACACUUUUGAUAAUUGUACUUCAUGCAAUGAAGAUAGGUAUUUAGUUGAUAGUAAAUGCAAAUGCAUCACUAAAUUAAAUGGAGGAACAAUAAGUACAUUUGAAUAUAAUGGAAUGGUUAAAUGUUAAAGUAAAAACUCAAAUAAUAAUAAGAUUGUCAUUAUUCAUGUGGAAUAUGCGGGGGAAUUGAAGAAGAAGAUUGCAUUUCUUGUGUAGAUACUGAUUAAAGAUUAUAAGUAGGAAAUACUUGUGUCUGUAAAGAAGGAUAUUUUGAUGCAGGAUUGCCUAUUUGUUAAAGUAUUAUUAGAUUUUGAUUGAUAGAAUGCAAUUAUAAAUGUAAAGGAUGCUCGAAGUAAUCUGAAAGUUGUACUUCUUGUCCUGAUAAUUGCUUCAGACAAUUUAUUUCAGGUUUUAAUAAAUGCUAAUGUAUCCAAAGAUAUUAUGAUGAUGGAUCAAACUAAGUUUGUUAAAGUAAUCAUUUUAAUUAUAAUUUUAAGAAUGUCAUUAUUCAUGUCUCAGAUGCAAUGAAAUUGAAACUAAAUGUGAAUUAUGUUCAAUUGAAUCAAAUAGGAUUUAUAAUGAGUUACUUUUUUCCUGUGAUUGUAAUAUUGGAUAUUAUGAUACUGGAGUUGAAAUUUGUUCAAAAUGUCACUACUCUUGUUUAAGCUGUUAUUCUGGAAAUGCUAACUCCUGUAAUUCGUGUAUAGAAAUGAAUACUUCAAAUAGAGUAUUUUAUAAUCAUACUUGUAAAUGUUUAUCUGGAUAUUAUGAUGAUGGUUCCUCAACUUCAUGUUUAAAAUGUGAUAUUUAAUGUUUAAGUUGCAUUGAACAAUCCUAUUAAUGCUUAUCUUGUCCAUAAACAAGAUAAAUAGAAACAAAUUGUAAAUGUUAAUAAGGAUAUUAUGACGUUGGCUUAUAAAUUUGUUCAUUAUGUAAUUCAAAUUGCCAUACAUGUGAAAUUUCAUCAAAAAAUUGCACAUCAUGCGACUCUAAUUAAUUUAGGGAACUUAACUUAAAAACAUAAACUUGCGAUUGCUAAAUAGGUCAUAUUGAAAUUAAUGGAAUCUGUGAAUAAUGUUAUUUAACUUGUAAAACUUGUGCUUAAUCAAUAAAUAAAUGUACUUCUUGUGUAUAAUUUCGAUAUUUGAAAAAUAAUGAUUGUAUUUGUAAUGAAGGAAUGUAUGAAUCAAGUUUUGAUAAAUUAUGUAAAUUAUGUGAUAAAUCUUGUUUAACUUGUGUGAAUUCUCAUUCUUAUUGUUUAACAUGUUCAAUUGAAAAUUUUAGAUAAUUUACCAUUGGAAAUACUUGCGAAUGUAAACAAGGAUAUUUUGAAGAUCCAGUUACUUUGAAUUGUGAAAUAUGUUCAAGUUAAUGUUUGACUUGUUCUAUAUUAUAUGAUAAUUGUACAAGUUGCGAUUCUAGUCUUAAUUUAUCUUUAGUCAAUAAUACAUGCAUAUGUACAUAAUCUUAUUUUUUUGAUCCUUUGACUAAAAAAUGUGAAUGUAAUUUAUUAUAUAAAUAAAUAGAAUGUAAUAUUACUUGCCUUGAAUGCUAAAAUAGUAGUGAAUGUACAUAAUGCAGAUUGACUACACGGCAUUAUGAUGCAGAUUAAAAGAAGUGCUUAUGUAAUGAUGGAUAUUAUGAAACAAAUUAAUAAAAUUGCCAAUGUAUUUAAAUUUUAAAUCCUUUUAGAAUGUCAUAUUUCAUGUAGUACUUGUGAACAUUUGAAUACAAAUUGUAUAAGUUGUUAUAGUAUAUGCAAAAGAAUAUUAAUAAAUAAUCAAUGUUUGUGUAUGGAUGGCUAUUAUGAUGCAGGAAUUGAAUUUUGUUAAAAAUGCAAUAUUAUUUGUAAGACCUGCAAAUCCUCUGCUUCAUCCUGUUUAUCAUGUUUUGAAGUUGAACAUUACAGAUAUUAAUCAGGAGAUAAAUGUUUAUGUAAGCCUGGUUAUUAUGAAUCAAAUACUGAAGUGUGUUAAAGUAAUAAAUUUUAAUUGAUUUUUAGAAUGCUCUAAUGAAUGUUUAACCUGUUAAGGUUCUGCUGAUUAUUGUACCAGUUGUGAUACAAAUUCUAAAAGAAUUGAUUAAUCUAUUAUCCAUAAAUGUCCUUGUAUUUCUGGAUUUUAUUAAGAUCAGAAUUAAAUUUGUUUAAGUAAUUUCUAGAAUUAAAUUAAUAGAAUGUCAUAUAAAAUGUUAGACUUGCAUAAAUAAUAAUGACUAAUGCUUAAGUUGUAACUUUUAAUUAAAUUCAAAUCGAAAGUCUUUAUCAGAUUAAUGUAAUUGUAAAGAAGGUUAUUAUGACGACGGAAUAUAACUUUAAUGCUAAUAAUGUAAUUUUAAAUGUAAGUCCUGUUAAACUGAAGCAGAAAAUUGUCAAAUCUGCUAGAAUAUUUUACGAAUUAAUCCACCAACAUGUAAUUGCAAAGAUGGAUAUUAUGAAGAUGAGUAAUUCUUUUGUCAAAGUAAAUUUUUGUUUAAAACAAGUUUGUGAUUCUCAAUGUAAUACAUGUAUAUUGUAACCAUCAAACUGUUUAAGUUGCAAUCCAGGAAGAAUUGAAAAGGAUUGUAAAUGCAUUGAUGGAUAUUUUGAAAUUGGAUUAACUUUAUGCGCAUGUAAUAAAUUAUUUAAGAUUAUAUAGAAUGUGCAUUUUAAUGUGCUACUUGUGAAUAAGAUCCUUCAAAUUGCAACACUUGUAAAGGUAAUAGAUAUCAAGAGCCUAAAUGCACUUGUUAAUUUGGAUAUUUUGAUGACCAAAUAAAUGAAGAUUGUUAAAAAUGUGAUAGUACCUGUUUAGAAUGCAAUAUUAAGGGAUGCUUAUCUUGCUUUGCCAAUAGAUUAUUAAAUGAAGAUAUGAAUUGUGUUCCUCCACCAAAUUCAAUUUGGUAUGAUAGUACACCUUGGUGUUCAAGUAUAUUUUUCAAAUAAACAAUUAGCUUGUGAAGUUGCUGUUAUUAAGACAUAUUUAUCAGAUGACCUGAGUAAGAUUAUUAUUCAUUUUGAUUUUCCUUUAAAUUCGAAGGGGCUCAGUUCAUAAAUCUAAAUGAAUAAAUGUUUGUAAAUUUUUGAAGUAGAAUCUGUAAAAAGCUUUGGUUAAAAUUCUGUUUGCUACCUCAACCCAGAAGAUAAUUAUGAAUUAUUAAUCUUAUUAGGAGAUAACUCGAAAAUAUAAGUUGGUCAAUAGAUCUUAUUUUAAACUAAUACCUUAUCUCAUAUUAAUUGUGAAACUACUUUAAAAACCUUUAUCUUCAAUAUAUUAUAAAUACCAAUAAACCCACUUCCUCCAUAAAUUUCAUAUCAUGUACCUUUACAUAAACUAAAUCCUUUAUCAGAUAAUUCAGUGUAUUUAAAAUCAAUCAAUAACAAUGGAAAUAGAAAAUUAGAUAAUAUUAUUUGGAGUUGUCAAGUAAAAUCAAAUGAAGAUAGUUAAGCUCUUAGCUAAUUUUUAGAUUAAACUAAUUUUAUUUAAGAAUAUAAUUUAUUAAUACCUAAAUAUACUUUACCAAAAGAUGCAGAACUAAAUUUUAAGAUCUAAUAUGAAAAUUUCAUACAUAUCAACUCUUAAACAGAAUUUACAAUAUACACUCAUUCAGGAACUCUUCCACAUAUAAAUAUUAAUGCAAAACCUUCCUAUUUUAUUUAUUAGACUAUUAUAAUUGGGGUUUCUGCUGGUAAUUUAGAUGAAUCAAUUUCAAAGGUUGAUUCUAAAUAUUAUAUUUAACUUAAUGAAAUAGACAGAUAUCCAAAAAAAUCAAUUUCUUCACAUUUAAAUACUUCAAGUUAAACUACUUCAUUUGAAAUGAUCAAUAUUACUAUUCCUAAAUAUACUUUGAGCCCUAAUUCAACAUAUACAUUUUCAGUGACAGCUACCAAUAUAAAUACUAACCAAAUCCAAUAUUAAAAUUUUACUAUUACUAUUCCGCUUGGUGGUUUAAUUUGUUAUUUUAACAAUUCAGGGAUUUAAAAUAUAAGAAAAGAUUUGAAUCUCCUAAUAGAAUGUAAGGACUUAGACACAAUAUUUGAUUGGAACAGUGAUCCAGAUUUAUCAAUUUAAGUUGCUUGUAAAGAUCUGUAAAAAAAUAGUUCAUGCUCAAACUAACAAAAGCAAAACAUUAAUGUUAAUAAGACUGCUAAAUUAUAAUUCAUUAGGAGGAAUUAAAUUGCUACUUUUUCAGUUUAAGAAUGGUCUGUCACUGCUACAAAAUUUGAAUAAAGUAAAAGAUUUUCGUAGAAUAUUGUUUACCUUGAAGAUGAUUUCCCUACCCUAAAUCUAGAAUUCAAUAAAGGCUAUUUAAUGAGAAAAAUUAAUAAUUAUGAAUAACUAAAUUUUACAUUUCUAGUUCCUUUUGUUUAAAAACCAUAUCUGUUAGAUCUAUCAAUUGCAAUUGUUUAUAACUUUGAGAUAAUCGAAAUACUGCAACCAAAAUUCAUAUCUCAUUAAUUUUAGAUAUUUAAUAGCAUUAAGGAAUUAAAUUUUGGUGACGAGAUAAAUAUUAAAUUUGCAGCUUAAUACACAAAUAAUAUUAUGCCAAGCAUAAAUAAUUUAAAACUAUCUAUCAAUUAGCCUCCUUAAUGUUCUAAAUUAUUUAUAAAUAGUUCAAAUACUAUAGCCUUAACUGAUUUUGUAGUAACAAGUAGUUGCGAUCAAUCAAAUGAUUCUCCUUAUAAAUAUUAACUUAGGCUAUUUUUAAGAGAAUCAGACUUAAAUGAUUUUUUAAAAGGAUCUUCGGAUAAUUCCUUAAUUCUUUAUCCAUUUUAGACUUAAAAUUAGUUUUAAAUUUAAACUCCCACUUCUAUUGACUCUUCAAAAAUUGGUAUUUUAGUUUAAGUGCUUGAUACUGGAGGAUCAAUGACUCAAAUUUUUUAAUAUAUCACUGUAUAAUUUGCAAAAUUAAAUUGUUCCUCAAUUUAAUUUUAGAAUUUAAAUUUAUAAAAUACGAUAUCACUGCUAUUUGAAGCAAUGAAUUAAAAAUGCAACGAACUACAUUCUUAAAUUUAUCUUAAUUUACUUUAAUAAUCCAUUUUAGCAGAUUAGAAUGAAAAUAUCUUGAAAUUUAAGGCUUAAAAACUAUAUAAACAAUUCUUAAUUUAAUCUGUUUAGAGAAGGCGUUUGACAAAUUUACAAGAUGAAAAAUGCUUUGAUAUUAACUCAAAUCGUUUAUUUAUUACAUAAAAUUCAAAUACUGACUCAGAAGUUAAUUUAACAAAUAAAAUAUCGAACAUAAAAGAAAAUACUCAAAAUUUAAAUACUACCCUACAAUAUUUUAGGAAACUAAAAAAAAAUCUUUAAGAGGAGCUUUAAUAAGAUUAAUACACAUGGAAUGAAUAAAUCUUUUAAUAAUAUUAAAUCUCGUAAGAUUGCUUAAGAGGUUUAAUAUACUAAGUAGAUUUAAUUUAUUCAAAUUAUUCAUCAAUAAAUAUAAAAAAUGAAAUUCUCUAUUAAGCUAUUAAUGAAUUGUAACAAUUCAUUUCCUUAAUUUCAGAGGAGACCUAAAAUACAGUUUUAGUUAACCAAAACCCUCUUGUUAUUAAUGGAAAUGAGAUUAUUUGGGAAAUAAAAAGAAGAACAAAAUCAGUUUUCAAUCAAUAUUUUAAUAUUAAGCCAGCCGAAGAAGAUUUUCUUGUAGAUUAUAUUUAAUUUGAAUCUAGUUGUUUUAAAACAAAUCCUUUAAGAUUCACAUCAGAUCUCUAAGAUUUACUUUAAUUUUAAUUUAAUGACUCAACUUUGCAAAUAUAUUCAUAGAAUUAUUACCUAAUAUAAUUGAAAAAUUCUUAUCAGAAUAGAUUCAUAUCAUUUGAAAAUUUUUCAUCUUUUUAUGGCACAAAAUUUGGAUCUUAUUAAGUUUGCUCAGAUACUACAUAAUUUGUAUUUGAAUACUAAAUUUAAUGUGUAAUUAGAACAAUUUCUGGAAAAAUUCAUUAGUGUAAUCUCAAUAGAGUACAUAAUAACGAUAAUAUAGAGCUUAUUUGCGAAUGUAAUAAAUUUGGAGAUAUUUUCCUUCUAACCUCUACAAAUUUUAGUCUAGCAAACUUAAACAAUACUGUAAAUUAAAUAUCUGAUCUUGAUAUUGAUUCCACUACUGAUAAUCAAUUGGUUUUACAAAUCUCUACUAGCUCUAUAUCAUUCAUAUUUAUAACUGUUUAUAUAGUUUAUAUCUGUAAAGAUUACAAAGAAGAGUAUGAGAGGUCUGAUACUGAACAAAGAAAUUUCAGUCAACCGGAAAUCUUGCAGAAUAAAAAUUAUAUAUAUUAAGGUAAUUUUAAAAUGUUCAAAGAAAAAUUAAAGGUAAAAUUGAAUUAUUAUUUUAGUAAAUUCAUUAAACUUUUUCGCUAUUUAAUUAUAGAGACAAAAGUAUUCUGCUUAGCUAUCGAAUUUUAGAAGUACUCUCUUAAUUCAAUUUAUUUUUAACUUUAACAAUACUUGAAUUGUAAAUGUUAAACAAAGAAAUUCUUUUCAUUUGUUUAUUCAUUAUUAUAAACCCACUUAUCAUUUUCAUAAUCAGAUUUAUUUACAAGAUAAUUGAAGCUAUAUAUAGAUUCAAAAGGAUUGCUGCUUUCAUAAGCCAGCUAUUUCUUAUUAUAUUAUUGAUGACACCUAAUCUAACAAUGUACGUUUUUUACUUAAUGAAGUAUUCAUUAUAAUAUUUUAGAAUAAAAAUUCAAUCAGAAUAAUAUAAAGUUGCAAUAGUAUUUGCAGGCAAUAUAAUCAUAUCACAAGUGCUUUUAGAACCAAUAACAAUUUUUGGAAGAAUAAUCAUUUAUAGAUUAAUAGCUAAAAGUUUGAAAAACAUGGAUCUCAAUCCGCUAUAUCAUUUUAUGCAUUUUUUUGUAAUGCAUAGCAGUUUAGAAGAAAUUUUUGAAGAUUUUACAAGGAUUUGA